AUGCCAAAAACCUAUCGCAUUGAUUUUGAAAAUUUCACACCAGAUACUUUAUUAUUUGCGAUACAUGCUGAUUUUGCUGAUAAUCCGGGACUAGAAGAACGAGUGUCAUUUUUACAAGCAACUGUACCGCCAGAAGGUGGUAUGGCUGGAGUUGAAUUUGAAGAAUCAUAUAGUGUGAUGGUGAUCGAUUAUUUUAACCUGAAAGGAAUCGGCAUAUACAAAGCAUUUCAAAGUAUUCCCGCUGCAAUUGGCACAGCUUGGUCGCUUAUUUUUAAGGAUAAUGUCUCGCAAUUUAAAAGAAAUUCAAUUGGAAAAGCAUCAUCAGACACGAUAACCAUUUUAAAUCGUUCAAAAACCAAAGCAACCUUAGGCAUUGGAAUUGGCGGUCGUCCAGCCGCCUACAAAAAAAAUGUCUACGUCGAUGCAAAAGCUGCAUUUAAAAUAUCUCAUGGAUAUUAUUUACAAGUUCAUAGAGUCGAUGGAAUGGUCAAAUACGAUGUGCAAACAGAUCCUGUAAAAUUAGAAUUCGCUGGAGGUCUAAAUAUUGCGAAAGUUGCCGCGAAGCUUGUAAAUAGUUCAAAAAUCGUUAUUAGCGUAGAAUAUGAUUAUUUUGAGAAUGCUCGAGAUGAUUCAAAAUUAUGA